UAUUGGUUUCAAUAUAAGUACCCAUCUACCCAAAUGUAAAGGUUCUUCACAUCUUAGACGAGAGGAUGUCACAUCAGAGUACAAACAUGCAGAAGGUUCGAGUGAGGAGAAGGCUGCUCUAAACAAUGCUAACAAACACAGCACUGUUGCGGGAAUGGUUUAUGGUCACACCGACAAUCAAUCACAGGACGUGACGUUUGAGUUGAAGCAGCAGGAUGACAUUGUGUUUGGACAGCCAUAUGAGGCGGAAGUUACCAUGGAAAAUAAAUCAGGGGAUACACGAACUGUGGCAGCAGAUAUUGUACUAGAUAAUAUGACCUCUGAUGGACACCCAGAAGACACCGUGAGAUAUGAAUCUGAAACUUUUGUCAUCCCAGGAGGAGAAAAGAGAUCCUUGAAGAUGGCCGUGCCAUUUGAGGAGUAUAAUAAAAAGACGCUCCAGUUAUGUAAUUUCAUGUUGCGUUGUUCAUGUGAGGUGAAGGAAACCCAUCAUGUAUUUGUAGACGAGGAUAGCUUCUGUAUGGACAAAGUGGAUUUGGAUGUAACGGGACCUGAGACAUGUAGAGUUGGUGAUGCGAUCACCAUAGAGGCAACCUUCAGGAAUCCACUACCCAUUGCCCUGACUAGCUGCACACUGGAUGUAGAGGGUGGCAAGAUACAGAAGCCACGGACUAUCACCCUAUCUGAGAGUGUGGAAGCGUCUGGAAAAUUUAAGACGUCCUUUAGUGUAACUCCCUCAAAGGCUGGAGAACGCACUGUCAACAUUGUCUUCAACUCCAGGGAAUUAGAGAACAUCAGUGGUUCUGUAGAGAUCCAGGUCAAGCCGUAAUAAGAUGAUGUCAUGGUCCCUCAAAAUAUGGCGAUAUCAGCCCACAUGAAUUCCUAUUAAGAUACUGUGAUACUGUUUUAUAUUUACCCAGACGUCUUUGUGAUAGACUUAGAGCAGGAAGGAAAGGUUGCUUCUCAAAGUGAACAUGUUACCAUGGUGAUUUCUGAUAAUACCAGUGAGCGGUAGAGAGGAGUUAUUAGACAGCUCUAACUGUAUAUGUACAUUUACUCACUGUGAUAGACUUUUAGUGAAAUGGUUGUCCAUCUUUUUUUCUUUGUACUUAAUUAUUUUUUACAUAAUUAUGUAUCUGAUAUGAUUUUUCCUUUAUGUACUCCGUCCAACAAUGUAUUGAAUGGGACAAGAUAGAUAACUCUUAUAGCGUUACUUCAUUCUGUCCGUGUACGUUAAGGCAGGGGAAACAACUCGUGUGAUACUGUUUUAAUCUAAUCAAGUUUCUAUUUCAUUUUCCCCCUAACGUCAGUAUGUUACCAAUGUCAGCAAUUUUGAAGUGAGACUUACGUGUUUUUUUUUUACUUUUGACAUGAAUUCAUAAUCAACAAUUUUUCAUUGCUAAUAAUUUUGACAAUUCAAUGAGUCCAGCGGAAAAGAUCAGUUUAAAAAUACGUUGUUUUAAGUUACUUUUAUAAGACAUUAAAAAUGCCUACAAGAAAAUCCAAGAAGUUGGCAUGAAUGCACGUCACAUAUCUAUGGUAAACUUGACUGUUUGAGUCACAUUCUCGCUGACUUAACUCAUUGCUACAUGUGAUUUCGUUUCUAAUACCUCACAUGUAAAUGUGAUAUUUAGUGCCAUAUAUGUUUUACAUUAAUAUCCUGUCUUUAUAUUGUUGUUGUAUUUUUAAACAAAUAUGUCCAAAUCAACCAGUUUGAUUUAAAAUCCAUAUGCUGAUUUGAUAUUAUACAGGGAAAGCCGACUAAUAUACUCACUUAUGUAAUUUGUAAUACUCAGUUGUUGUCUUAGUUUAGGAGUAGGUGGUCUAAAAGACUGUCACAGGUAUACAACAGUACGCAAUACAACAGGCUGUGAUACCGUGUUAUAUCAAUUUUUGAAAUAAAAUCUUACUCAUUUCUAAUCAAAA